GGCGACCCCGAACCGACCUGAUCUCGUGCUGCUUAUCUGGCUGAGAGCCCGCACCUGGCUCGGCCGGACUUGCUUACAGAAAACAGAAAUCAGUGUCUGGGAGUAGAUCGCCUAGGGAAGGUCUCUGAUUGAAAAUGAGCAACGCAUGCAGACGAGGUUCAAUUACUGCUGAAGAUUAGCCUGGAGUGGAACAGGCCCAGGAAAUGGAGGGAAGGUCCAUGGAGGAAAGCCCAUCCCUGAGGCGCAAGACGGUGAUGCGUGAGAAGGGCCGGCGCCAGGCUGUCCGGGGCCCGGCCUUCAUGUUCAACGACCGGGGCACCAGCCUCACCGCAGAGGAGGAGCGCUUUCUGGACGCCGCGGAGUAUGGCAACAUCCCCGUGGUGCGCAAGAUGCUGGAGGAGUCCAAGACGCUGAACGUCAACUGCGUGGACUACAUGGGCCAGAACGCGCUGCAGCUGGCGGUGGGCAACGAGCACCUGGAGGUGACAGAGCUGUUGCUCAAGAAGGAGAACCUGGCGCGCAUCGGCGACGCCCUGCUGCUCGCCAUCAGCAAGGGCUAUGUGCGCAUCGUGGAGGCCAUUCUCAACCACCCCGGCUUCGCGGCCAGCAAGCGCCUGACCCUGAGCCCCUGUGAGCAGGAGCUGCAGGACGACGACUUCUACGCCUACGACGAGGACGGCACGCGCUUCUCCCCAGACAUCACCCCCAUCAUCCUGGCGGCGCACUGCCAGAAGUACGAGGUGGUGCACAUGCUGCUGAUGAAGGGCGCCAGGAUCGAGCGGCCGCACGACUACUUCUGCAAGUGCGGGGACUGCACCGAGAAGCAGAGGCACGACUCCUUCAGCCACUCGCGCUCAAGGAUCAAUGCCUACAAGGGGCUGGCCAGCCCGGCGUAUCUGUCCUUGUCCAGCGAAGACCCGGUGCUCACCGCCCUGGAGCUCAGCAACGAGCUGGCCAAGCUGGCCAACAUAGAGAAGGAGUUCAAGAAUGACUAUCGGAAGCUCUCCAUGCAAUGCAAAGACUUCGUAGUGGGUGUGCUGGAUCUUUGCCGAGACUCGGAAGAGGUAGAAGCCAUUCUGAAUGGAGAUCUGGAAUCGGCAGAGCCUCUGGAGAUGCACAGGCAUAAAGCUUCUCUGAGUCGUGUCAAACUUGCCAUUAAGUACGAAGUCAAAAAGUUUGUGGCUCACCCCAACUGCCAGCAGCAGCUCUUGACAAUCUGGUACGAGAACCUCUCAGGCCUGCGGGAACAGACUGUAGCUAUCAAGUGUCUGGUGGUGCUGGUCGUGGCCUUGGGCCUUCCCUUCCUUGCCAUCGGCUACUGGAUCGCACCUUGCAGCAGGCUGGGGAAAAUUCUGCGAAGCCCUUUUAUGAAGUUUGUGGCACAUGCUGCUUCUUUCAUCAUCUUCCUGGGCCUGCUUGUGUUCAAUGCCUCAGACAGAUUCGAAGGCAUCACCACGCUGCCAAAUAUCACUGUUAUUGACUAUCCCAAACAGAUCUUCAGGGUCAAAACCACCCAGUUCACGUGGACUGAAAUGUUAAUUAUGGUCUGGGUCCUUGGAAUGAUGUGGUCCGAGUGUAAGGAGCUCUGGCUAGAAGGACCCAGGGAGUACAUUUUGCAGUUGUGGAAUGUGCUGGACUUCGGGAUGCUCUCCAUCUUCAUCGCUGCUUUCACGGCCAGAUUCCUGGCUUUCCUUCAGGCAACGAAAGCACAGCAGUAUGUGGACAGUUAUGUCCAAGAGAGCGACCUCAGUGAAGUUACACUUCCACCAGAGAUACAGUAUUUCACUUAUGCCAGAGAUAAAUGGCUCCCUUCUGACCCUCAGAUCAUAUCUGAAGGCCUCUAUGCCAUAGCUGUCGUGCUCAGCUUUUCUCGCAUCGCCUACAUCCUCCCUGCAAAUGAGAGUUUCGGCCCCUUACAGAUCUCCCUUGGAAGGACUGUGAAGGACAUAUUCAAGUUCAUGGUCCUCUUUAUUAUGGUGUUUCUUGCCUUUAUGAUCGGCAUGUUCAUACUGUAUUCUUACUACCUUGGGGCUAAAGUAAAUGCUGCAUUUACCACUGUAGAAGAAAGUUUCAAGACUCUGUUUUGGUCAAUAUUUGGGUUGUCUGAAGUGACUUCCGUUGUGCUCAAAUAUGACCACAAAUUCAUAGAGAAUAUCGGAUACGUUCUUUACGGAAUAUACAAUGUAACUAUGGUGGUCGUUUUACUCAACAUGCUCAUUGCUAUGAUUAAUAGCUCAUAUCAAGAAAUCGAGGAUGACAGUGAUGUAGAAUGGAAGUUUGCUCGUUCAAAACUUUGGUUAUCUUAUUUUGAUGAUGGAAAGACAUUACCUCCACCCUUCAGUCUAGUUCCCAGCCCAAAGUCAUUUGUUUAUUUCAUCAUGCGGAUCAUUAACUUUUCCAAAUGCAGAAGGAGAAGGCUGCAGAAGGAUAUAGAAAUGGGAAUGGGUAACUCAAAGUCCAGGUUUACAGAGUGCUUUGCUGUACAUGUGAACCUCAUGCAACACUGUGAGUUAAACCUCUUCACUCAGUCUAACUCAAGAGUUUUUGAAUCACACAGUUUUAACAGCAUUCUCAAUCAGCCAACACGUUAUCAGCAGAUUAUGAAAAGACUUAUAAAGAGAUAUGUUUUGAAAGCACAAGUAGACAAAGAAAAUGAUGAAGUUAAUGAAGGUGAAUUGAAAGAAAUCAAGCAAGAUAUCUCCAGCCUUCGUUAUGAACUUUUGGAGGACAAAAGCCAAGCAACUGAGGAAUUAGCCAUUCUAAUUCAUAAACUCAGUGAGAAACUAAAUCCCAGCAUGCUGAGAUGUGAAUGAUUCAGUAACCUGGAAUUAUGGCUUUGACUAUAGCACAAAUGUGGGCAAUAAUAUUUCUAAGUAUGAAAUACUUGAAAAACUAUGGUGUAAAUUUUGGUAUUAGCUACCUUUAUCAUGUGAAUCUUUAAAAGUUAGGUCUUAAUGAUUUUACUGUUUAUCACAUGCAAAUGGUCUUCAUUUUAAUUGUCUGCCUUGACAUGACAAACAACGACAUGCCAUUGUAUUUAAAGGCCCAAUAUUACCACAUUACUGACAUUUUUGUCCAUUUCAGAAUAAACUCUAUGUCUUUGCACUACCUGUUUGCCUCCAAGAGACUGUAAGCUCCUUGGGGACAGGGACCAUGUCUUGUUCAUCUUUGUGUCUCCAGCAUCUAGUACAGUGCCUGGUACAUAGUAGGUGCUCAGUAAAUGUUGUUGAAACCAACUCAACUGAACUGCCAACAAAAUACAAAUAAAAAUUAAAAGGCCAUCACUAUUGAGCAUACCUUCCCUUGUCCAAGUGCUGAAGAGAUUUUUUUCAAUAGAAACUGAAGAGAUUUUACAAGCAGCUGUGACUUGGUCAGAUUUUCUUAGAAUUUUUGGCAUGACUGAAUGAAGAAUUUCACAGUGAAAUGGGUUAAUAGAAAAUCUAAUUACAUUAACCAACUUAAGUUUCAUAGAAUUGUUCAAAACAACACAUUAAAGAUUUUUCUAAACUAUAUACUGUUUACUUUCUGUUUUAGAUUUUCAUCUGUUGUUUUUAGUAAUAUGAAUUUAGUCAGAAGGGUGGUGAAUUUUUAAAGUCGGGGGUUAUGCAGGGUUGUUAGUUUGGUAUAAUCUCCUAAUUUCUGCCUCUGAUGCUUUAAUGCUAAAUAAAUUAUCAAAAACUG